CUCGAGCCGCUCCCUUUACUAAAGCACUUGCCCUUCCACAAAAGGGGAUCCUUUUCCUUCAAUCCUCCUCUUCCUUCAAUCGAAAUCGGCGAGCCUUUGAGCGCAAUCUGCUGGGCGAUUCCACGAGAUCUCGGUCUGCAGCUCGAGAUCUACCCAUCUGUGCGGGUACGAAUUCGAAUUCCAUAUCUUCCGAUUCCCUCCUCCCCUUCGCGGCGUCUGCAAUCGAAGAGGCCGAUAGCUAUGGCAUCUCUUUCGCAAGAGCGAAAGAAUGAUGCUUUUGCUCUUCCUGCGUCGGCGAUCUGUUCUGCUUCCCCUUCUUCCUCGUGUUCUUCUGCUUCUGGCUCGAAGUACAUCGAGCACAAUGUAUCCAAGUUGGACACGCUUGCAGGCGUCGCCAUAAAGUACGGUGUGGAGGUUGCAGAUAUCAAGCGAAUUAAUGGCCUAUCGACGGAUCUUCAAAUGUUCGCGCACAAAUCAUUGCUUAUUCCUCUUCGCGGAAGGCAUCCACCGCCUUCUCCCAUCCAAUCUAAAGCUUUGGUUGACAGAGAUGUAUUAGAUUCUUUCCAAUCGGCGAAGUUGAAAUCUGAUGGAAGUUUCAUAACCUCGUCGGCCAUGAGUACGUUACAGAGAUAUUAUGGUCUUACACAGCAUAAAAACAUAUCUACACCUGAAGGUACCGAAAUGAUGACUGUUUACCGAGCCUGCAGCUCACCGAACCUUGAGAAUGAAUCGCUUUUGAAAUCAGCACCAGCUUCUACUACACAACUCAGAAGCCACCGCUCAGAUAAUGACCUUGAGCAGGCCUUGCUGCUUGAUAAAUCUGGAGAUGCUAGUGAUGGUGAGAAAUUGACGAUGGAUAAGUCGGUCAGGCGCCGCCAGAAAACUGACAAUGAUCCUUUGAUCACUCCUGAGGCAGCAAUCGAGGACGACGAUAAGGGCUUAGUAACUAGGAUUCGAAGAGGCUUAGCUCCAAGGUCUUUGUUGGCAAGUUUGAUCGAUCCUGAGCCAGUGAAGCAAAACACAACUCCAACAGAAGAAACAUCUCUAACAAACAGUCUUCUGACUGUAAGGAAGUCUUCUAGCAACUCCAGUUUGCAAGACUCAGAAAACGACAACUCGAUUUGGACUUACUCUAAAUGGACACUGAAACCUGAUUCUGUGACAAGGCCAAUUUUCUCUGCUUUGCCUAAACAAAUCUCAGUCUGGAGGAGCAAAGCUGCUCUAGAUUGACACAUAAAUCUCCUUAGUGGUGCACUGUCACAUUGGAGAUGGAACAUAUUAUGUGAAUUGUUUUGAUGUCUUUAUGUAUUGUUAUAUUUUUGACAAUAUAGGUUGUUGUUGUACACCUCUUUAACUAAGAGGAAUAAUAGAUUUAAUCAUUCAAAAUCAUAUAGUAUUUUUUGGAAAAAUAUUAAAUGUUAAGGAUGUAGAUAUGGGAUAAUAAUUCCAUUUUUCUCUAGUACAAAUAUUUUA